AUGCGGGGAUUGACCAAACCUCGUCGGACUCAACAGGUCCAGGAAAAGGACAGCAAUAACCGCACCGCGCUUCAACGACACUGCGACUUCUGGGAUAUCGAUGGUGAUGGCCUCAUCUACCCUUGGGACAUUUACAGAGGCUUUCGAAGGCUGGGCUUUCACAUCGCUCUCUGCCUCUGGGCUGCCGUGACCAUGGCAAUAUGCGCAUCCUACAACACUCAUACCAGCUACAUCCCUCAUCCGCUCUUCGCCAUUAACUUGAAGAACAUCAACUCCAACAGACACGGCAGUAGUACCGGCACUUACGAUAUGGAUGGUGAGCUGGACGAGCGUAGAUUCGAAGCUAUUUUCCAGAAGUAUGCGCGAGGCAAGGACUAUCUGACGCUAUGGAGCACAUACAACGUGUGGCGCAACCAGCGCUGUGGGCUCGAUUUCUUUGGUUGGUUCGCUGGUGGUUUGGAGUGGAUCGCUAUGUAUAUCUUGCUCUGGCCCGAAGAUGGUGUAAUGAGCAAGGCAGAAAUUCGAGGUGUCUUUGAUGGGUCAAUCUUCUACACAAUUGCAGAACAGCGUGCGGAAACACGAAAGCUUUAG